AUGCCUUGUCAGACUGCUAUGAAGACAUUGAUUCUCAUACACCAGCUAUCUUUGACCGAGGUACUCCUAGUAGGAAUAAUUAUUUCCUUGAUAGCAACAUUGCUGGGGUUUAUGGAAAACCAAGACUCUUAUCCAUGGCUCGAGUUAUCCCAACCACAAGAAGGAGCCGAGGGGCCAGAUAGUGACAUGAUAUUUGAAACCUCGGCAGUGAGUCCAGAGUUCUACAUGGCAUCACUGACUCAGUCGCAACAACCUUUGAUGUACUCGUUCAAUUUCGAUGUUGAAACAACAUGCUCAUCACCUAUUCCGACAUUCUUUCCAAUACAUGAUGCAGGAUCUCAAACUCUUAGCUUUGCAGAAGCUGUUCAUCUUACUCAAACAGUGGAUGAUGGAAGGGAGGCAUCUAAUAGCUACGAUGCUGAUAAUCAACCCCAGUACUGUUCACUCGACAUGCUCUCAAACAAGUCUUUUCCGUUAAGACAGAAGCCCAUUCAUGAUACUGAAGGCUCAAUUGCUUUUGAAUCAUCACUGGCCUGCAAAUACUUUGACCAGGAUUCAAAAAGCAAUUUCUCAAAUGAAAGGACGAUGAAGCUAUCUUCUACCUUGCUACUGACGUCCGGUCAAGACGAUCGAUUCGCAACACUAGAAUCGGUUGAAAACGAUGUACCUUCAUCGAGAGAAGACUCAGUGUCCCUCAGUUCAACUGAGACGUGCAUUGGCGACGAAGAGGGGAAUCGUUGCUACUCAGUGAUUGAAAGUGAAGAUUCCAGUAUAGAGGAUCUCGAAGAAAGAAAAGCCUUUGCUUGCCCGUAUUUCCGGCUCGAUCCAAUACGCCAUAUCGAAUGCUUGAGUCGUAAGCUCUAUCGCAUUCAAGAUGUCAAGCAACAUCUUUCUCGGCGUCAUUAUGACAAGCGAGACAAGAUGUCAAACACUUCAGACAAUACAAAAGGAGUAAAUUCAAGAACUCAGAGAGUUCUAAAACUCCGCUUAGACAGAAGGUUAUCGCCCGAAAGGCAAUGGCAUGAGAUCUGGAGAACUCUCUUCGAUAAGGCUGUACCCAGAGAAGGGCCAUAUCUCGGAAAUACCAAAGAAGAGGUCGUUGGAAGCAUGAUCGCGAUAUGUAAGAAGGGAAGCAGUCGAGUCGUUCCGGGAAUAUUGAGAAGCUUAGGACUGCCCAAUGAGAAAGGAAAGGCUGUUCAACAGCUUAUGGAACAGCUUUUUAUCGGGUUCCAAGCUUUAUCUGAUAGAGAGUCCCAGGAUACGGGGACAGAGAAGACUUCGACAUAUGAUGAUAUGGGGUCGAUACCAGGGACACCCAAAAGCAUGGAUUUUGACUUUACUUUGCCACUACUUCAAUCGCCCGUGUCAAACGGUCAAGUGGACUUCGCAGCUGAAGACAGCACGGAAAGAUUAGAGUGCAGUCCGGGCUCAGAAAUACAAGCCUGGUCCCCAGACCAUGCUAGUUUUGAAGGAAGUGGGGAGAACGAUGUUGCCCAAUAUGAACCUUUGAAGUAUUCGACGGCAGUUCAACCUCAGACUGUUCCUGGCACAUCAAAGACGUUGCAUUGCUCACAGACGCCUCAUGUCCCUUCCGAUAGGGGUCGAUGGAAGCCACUGGGAAGUUGGAUUACCGAGCUCGAUGAUGAGCAGGACUCACACUUAUGGGAGUAUGCUCGAGGAUGGAAAUGCCACGAGUGCGGAUUUGACUAUGUUUUCAGGCCUUUCGGAGUCACAAGUGACAAGAUGUGUAUCAACUACCCAUGCCAGCACCAAUUUCGCGAGGAUUGCUGUUUAGUUUAUAGGGUAUUAGUUAGAAGAGAAGUUUGA